AUGGGUUCCAAAGACGUCGCGACUAGAUUGCGGCAGAGCACGUGGAAUGGGAGUAUUCCACUUGAGAUACGGUUGCACAAGGGAGAUUGUAGGACGUAUGAUGAGUCGGAUCCUUACUUGGUACAAUUCCCUCGGAUUUCAUACCUGGGACUGCUGGUGAAAAAACUGCAUGGCUUCUUUGCGAGAAGUCUGAUUUAUCCAGAUGUAACGCCGAAAGAUGCAUGGCUCUCGUACGAAGGAGUGCCACUGAAAUGGCACUAUCCGCUGGGCCUUCUUUACGACCUUUAUUCUGGCGCCGAACCUGCGUAUCCACCAGAUAUAGACACGGAUGCAGAUGCGACAGCACAAAGCCAGAAACUCGAAACCACAGAGGAAGAGCGCCGGCGUCUACCAUGGCGACUAACGAUUCACUUCUCUGACUACCCCAUGGAUCAGCUUGUGCAGCUUGACAAUGAAGACAAGCAUCUGCAGGACAUGUUCAUUCACAGUGUCAAAGAGGCCGACUACCUACGGACGGGUACAGGAAAGACAGUCAUGUUUUUGAGCAAAGAGGAUAGCACACAGCUUUGGGACGGGGUCAGAAAUCAUGACUUUGCACUAUACAAUCCCAUCAACCAGAAGCUACUGAACCCGCAAGGCGUCAACCUGAGACAUCUGCCCGUCAGACUGUAUCUUCCGCACGCGGCGUCGGACGGUGUACAGGAGGAGACUGCGCCGGGAAGCUUAAGAAUUGUGCAACGACUGGUGACGCCGAAUUUAUCUUCAAGGCAACCGCAGACCGUGGGGACAGCGUUGAACCAGAUACUACCGACAUUAUUCCCGAGCAGGCGAAGUCCACUUCUCGCACAGGCGGUUCUGCAUGGUGCUGUUUUACCGUUGAGCGCGAGUGUGGAGGAGUUGGUUCGGGCGACGGCCUAUCUUGAUGGCUGGCUGCACAUUGCUGUGGUCAUGAUGGGAUAA